AUGAGUUUAAAACCCUUUACCUACCCAUUUCCAGAGACAAGAUUUCUUCAUGCAGGACCCAAUGUUUAUAAAUUCAAAAUCAGAUAUGGCAACAACAUCAGAGGAGAAGAGAUAGAAAAUAAGGAAAUCAUUUUUCAGGAGCUGGAGGUAAGAAAAGAAAGGAAAGAAGUGCAUGCCACGAUGAGGAAACGGAAGCACAUGGAAACGCCCAACUCCCCCAGGAGGCGAAGUCUGGACAGGGCGACGAUGGGAACUUCCAGCCACGGACCCAGCAGAAAGAAGCCCCUAAUGGAAAGCAAGAGGAACAGGGAAAGAAAAACCCAGCAAGCAUGGCAGGAGAUCCCAGCUUUGGAUGUUCCUGUCAGCCAGAAACAGGAUUCCAAGUGGGAGGACAGCCUUGCAGAGCAGGUCAGCCCCCAUCUGCAGCAAAACAGUCCCCCUCCACCUCAAGGACCUGCAGAGCCAAGGACGGGCGGCUUCUUCGGGUUUCUCAGUUCCCUCUUCCCCUUCCGGUAUUUCUUCAGGAAGAGCAGCCAGUGA